ACACACAGCACAGCAGGGCAUGUUAUUGUUUGUUGAGAGGAAAGAGGAAUAAUCAUUACAAAGGGUAUGUGUCUGUGUGGUGUGGGGAAGCUUGAACUCACGCCCUUUAUCCUGGGAGGGUUUGGGAUGGGAUGGAAUGGAGAAUAGCAUAGGCCUACACCACACCCGCAGCCGCAGAGAGAGAGAGAGAUGUGAAAUGGGGGGGGAGGGAUGAUUCAACAAUAAAGAAAUACUACUACUAGUAGCAGCAGCAGCUGCAGUAAAUAGCAGCAGCAACAGAGGUGUAGUGAGCAUGGCACUUGGCAACCAAACUGGUAUGGUGCGGUGCAGUGCAAUGGCAAAAAGAGAGCCUUCUGGUUAUUCUCCUAAUUCUCAUCUCCUCACGCCUUAAAAUCUGUUGUGUUGUGUUGUGUUCUCUCUCACUUGCCAGAUCCAACCCCCCUCCUCUUAAAUCUGACCAAACUCUCAUCUUAAACUUGAACUACCUCUUUGAUUGUUAUCUUCAUCCCCCCUUCCCCUUCCCCUUCCCCAACCCCAAACAGCAACAGCAAACACCCCACCCCCACCCCCACCUUCCUCCCUCAAUUCCCUAUUCCACAUUUACUGAUCAACUACCCAUUCUCCUCAAAAAAGCUCCCACUCUGGCUCCCUCCUCUGCCAUUGUUUUUCACUAGAUCACCAGCAGCCAUGGAGGCUUUCUCUCUCAGCUCCUCCAUCUCUGUUGCUUCCCCCCACCGUGCAGGCGCAGACUAUCAGAGGUCCCCCUCCUUCAUAUAUAGGAGCAUCAGCACCCGCCUGCAGGUCUACUCCAUGCAGAGUGGCAAUCAUGCAAUAAAAUCCACACCUCCGUCCUCAGCGCGGAUCAGCCCUACUGUGGGGAGCAGCAGCUUGGUUCUGAGCCCCAAUGGAAAGGAGUUAAGCACCUCCACCUCCGUUGUGGAAAUUAAUGGUGAGGGAAGGGGAGAGGGAGAGGCAGAGGCAGUGAGAGACCAAGAGGGAGAGAAAGGUAUUGGCAUCGUGCAGUUUCUUAAAGGGAAAACCUUCCUCAUCACUGGCGCCACGGGCUUCCUGGGGAAAGUUCUAGUUGAGAAAAUACUGCGGACAGCUCCUGAUGUUCACAAAAUAUUUGUCCUGAUCAAGGCCAAGAACAAAGAAGCUGCAGCAGAAAGACUGAAAACUGAUAUUAUACAUGCAGAGCUUUUCAAGCGCCUGAGGCAAAUCCAUGGAAAAUCAUAUCAAGCUUUCAUGCUCAGCAAAUUAGUCCCAGUGCUAGGGAAUGUCUGUGAAGCCAAUCUUGGUCUAGACGAAGAUGUUGCUGGUUUGGUGUCCAGAGAGGUGGAUGCCAUCAUCAACUCUGCAGCAAAUACCACAUUUGAUGAAAGGUAUGACUAUGCUCUUGAUAUAAACACGGGUGGACCUGCACGCCUCAUGAGAUUUGCUAAACAAUGCCAGAAACUGAAGGUGUUCUUACAAAUAUCAACAGCUUACGUGAACGGGCAGAGGCAAGGCAGGAUCAUGGAAAAGCCUUUCUGCAUAGGACAGUGUAUCGCCAGCGAAAACGGACACCACAUCCCACUUCCCAAACUGUGUGUUGAGGAUGAGAUUCAGAUAGUUUUGGAGAUGACAAAAGCCCACCGUGAAGAUGGCAAGGAUGACGACGAUGCUUCAGUUAUUCAGAACAUGAAGGAAUUGGGAAUGCAGAGGGCGAGGAAGUUCGGAUGGCAGGAUACGUACGUAUUCACCAAGGCCAUGGGAGAAAUGAUGAUCGACAGUUUGAGGGGGGACAUUCCGGUGGUGGUGAUUCGGCCCAGCGUGAUCGAGAGCACAUACAAGGAGCCCUUCCCUGGCUGGAUGGAAGGGAACAGGAUGAUGGAUCCAAUAAUUCUGCACUACGGGAAGGGGCAGCUCACCGGGUUCCUAGUGGAUCCCAAUGGAGUCCUGGACGUGGUCCCUGCGGACAUGGUGGUGAAUGCGACCCUGGCAGCCAUGGCGAAGCACGGGGGAGCAGCAGCAGUGGAGGAGGAGGCGGGGGAGGGGGAGGAGUACAGCGGCAGGGGCAGCAGCAGCAUCUACCAGGUGGCGUCGUCGGUGGUGAACCCGCUGGUGUUCGGGGAGCUGGCGCGGGUGCUGCACCAGCACUUCGAGAGGUGGCCGUUCACGGAGGCGGGGACGGGGAGGGCGAUCCGGGUGCCGAAGAUGAAGCUGUUCGGGUCGAUGGAGGAGUUCUCGGCGCACCUGUGGAGGGAGGCCAUCCAGCGGACCGGGCUGGGGGCGCUGGCCAACCUGGAGGGGAAGCUGUCCCACAAGUUGGAGGCGGUGUGCCGGAAGUCGGUGGAGCAGGCCAAGUACCUGGCCAGCAUCUACGAGUCCUACACCUUCUACGGGGGGAGGUUCGACAACAGCAACACAUCGGGGCUGAUGGGGAGCAUGUCCGCGGAGGAGCGGGCGGAGUUUGGGUUCGACGUGGAGAGCAUCGAGUGGAGUGAGUACAUCAGCGAGGUCCACAUCCCGGGCCUCCGGAGGCACGUCAUCAAGGCCAAGCAGGCCCGCUCAUCCCCAUCUACUGCCUAGCUCAUCCCCUUCCCUUCCCAUUCCAUUUCAUUCCUCUGACAUACAGAUAUAUAUAUAUAUAUAUAUAUCCCCCUCUCUCUCACUUCAAGCUAGCUAGUACUGUUGUACAAGAAAGAAAGAAAGAAAGAAACAAACAAACAAACAAAGAAGCCCCGCCAUGCUGACGGUGUUGUUGAUGAUGAUGAACUGAUUUUAUUUGUUGUCUCUCCACCCCGCCUACCUGCCUGCCAACCUAUAACUACUGAUCCCGAUCGGCUCCAUCUGUGUGUACUACUACUACCUGCUUGCUUGCUUGCUUGCUUUGGUUAAUAAUAUAGUAUACUGAUUAUAUAGAGAGAGUAUAGAAUAGUGGAGCGAGCCAGGGAGAGGAGAGGAGAGACUGUACUCCCUACGGAAAUUAAUUAGUUGCAUACAUAUGGUUCAUAACUAAAUAAAUAACAGCAUGGUUCAUUAGUUCCACAUAUCAUUGAUCCACUCACACACGCACGCAUGCACGCUCACUCAACAUCAACACUCAAAACUCCGACGC